AUGGAAAUAGAUUUCCAAGGCCACAUCAUACUUUUCCUUGUGUGGCUAGUCUCCACAAUUCUUGUUCGAAUCAUACUCACCAAAAUUCGAACCAAGCCUCGCCUUCCACCAAGUCCGAUGGCCUUACCAAUCAUUGGACACCUCCACCUCCUGGCUCCGAUACCUCACCAAGCUCUUCACAAGCUGUCAAACCGCUAUGGAUCUUUGAUUCACAUCUUUCUUGGUUCUGUCCCUUGUGUAGUCGCUUCCUCACCCGACAUAGCAAAAGAGUUCCUCAAGACUCAUGAAGGGUCUUUUUCCAACAGGCCUUAUAUUGCUGCUGUUGAUUAUCUCACAUAUGGAUCAGCUGAUUUUUCAUUUGCUCCUUAUGGACCUUACUGGAAAUUCAUGAAGAAACUUUGCAUGUCUGAGCUUCUUGGUGGAAGAACACUCGAUCAACUCCUUCCCGUCAGGCGCGAAGAGUUGACAAGUUUCGUACAGUUGAUUCUAAAGAAGGCCAAGGCAGCUGAGGAUGUUGAUGUCGGAGCAGAGCUUAUGACGGUAACAAAUAAUGUUAUAUCAAGAAUGACUAUGGGGCAGAGUUGCUCUGCAAAUGAGACAGAGGCUAAUGAGAUUAGGAAGCUGGUGAAAGCUACAGCUGAGCUUUCGGGGAAGUUUAAUCUGUCAGACUUUAUUUGGUUUUGUAAGAAUUUGGAUUUGCAGGGAUUUGGUAAAAGACUUAAGGAAGCGCGCGAUAGGUUUGAUACUAUGAUGGAGAGGAUUAUAAAGGAGCAUCAAGAGGCAAGGAAGAAGAAGAAGGAGCUUGGUGAGGGUGGUGAGGCAGUUAAGGGUUUCCUUGACAUUUUACUUGACAUAUCAGAAGAUGAGACCUCAGAGUUUAGGUUGAGUAUGGUAAACAUAAAGGCCUUCAUCAUGGAUAUAUUUACAGCUGGAACCGACACAUCCGCAAUCACAACAGAAUGGGCACUAGCAGAGCUGAUCAACCACCCAGAAGUGAUGAAGAAAGCAAGACAAGAAAUUGACUCCAUGGUUGGAAAGAACAGACUGGUAGAAGAAUCAGACAUUGCCAACCUUCGCUACCUACAAGCCAUAGUGAAAGAGACCUUAAGGCUUCACCCCACAGGCCCAUUAAUUAUGAGAGAGUCAACAGAAGCCUGCAGCAUUGGUGGCUAUGAGAUUCCAGCAAAAACCAGAUUGUUUGUCAAUGUGUGGGCUAUCAACAGAGACCCCAACCACUGGGAGAAGCCAUUGGAAUUUGAGCCGGAGAGGUUUGUGACUGAAGAGGGAAGUGGGAAGAGCCAGUUGGAUGUGAGGGGGCAGCAUUUUCAUCUAUUGCCAUUUGGUAGUGGAAGAAGAGGGUGCCCUGGAACCUCACUUGCAUUGCAGGUUGUGCAGACAACACUUGCAGCUAUGAUCCAGUGCUUUGAGUGGAAAGUUGAAGGAGGGAGCAAUAAUGUUAACAUGGAAGAGGCAGCUGGAUUAACACUACCAAGGGCUCAUCCUUUGGUUUGUGUUCCAGUGGCUAGGCUCAAUCCCUUUCCAUCUUCUUGA